GCAAUUGAUCACAUUGACGACAUCCUGCUCAUGGGGCCCCGCGUCUGCAAAGGCCUCACAGAGUUUAUCUUCCACUACACCGACCCCGACCGCGAGAAGCCUAUGGCCUGCCACUCUCUGACCGCUGACGCCGUUAUCCGCCUAGCCAAGGCAUGUCCCAAUCUUAAGAAGGUCCUGCUACAGGGCACAUGCCGCCUUGGUGACGACGUCUUGCUCACCUUCUUUAAAAACUGCGCCAAUCUUACCUUCCUGGAGAUCACCGGCUCGCAUUACACCUCUGGACGCGCUCUCAGUGAGCUGUGCGAGCACGACAACUGGGUCCCGAAAUUGAAGAAGCUGCGGCUGGACGAUGAUAACAUCAGGAAGCCUUUCAUGAAGGCGAUGCGAGACUUGACCAAGCAGAGACAAGCGACCGUAGUCGAGCUCGUUAGAACAUCGGAGUACAAAAAGUGGGGCGAUUUCUAUCUGGAGAUGGAUCACGACAGUUAC